AUGAAGGGGAAUUAUGGUUUCACUACUUUACUUGUUAUUUGUUUUGUUCUGGCCGUGGAAGGGUCGGAGAAUGCGGCGGAGAUGAGAAGGACGCUGCAGGGUUCGACGCCGCCCAACUGCGACGGACAGUGCGGCGGGUGCAAGCCGUGCAACCGUGUUCUGGUGGAGGUGUCGCCGGGGAACUUUGUUUGGCAGUGUAAAUGUGGCGGCAGCGGCAUGGCGGAUGCGGCGGAGAGUAGGAGGGUGUCGCAGAGGUCAGAGCCGCCGAGCUGCGUCGGGCAGUGCGGCGGCUGCACGCCGUGCAACCGUAUAUUGGUGGAGGUGUCGCCGGGGAAUUUUGUUUGGCGCUGUAAAUGCGGCGGUCUUUGA